AUGGUUGAGGGUGAAUCAAGCAAUGCAAGGGAGAGAAGGCUUAAGAUGCAAGCCGAUUUGGAGGAUGAUCAAAGGAUGGAAGAGUCUGAUGCAGAGGAUAUGUCUACUCUGAGGAAGAGUCUGAGAAGGAGGGAAAUGGCUCUCCAAGUGAAGAAGGAAGUGAUGAGACUGAGAGUGAAGAGGAAGGAGAAGAGGCCUUGGAUCUUUGAGGAUGUGGAGUUGGUCUCAAGAACAUGCACUUGGCCAAGUUCUUCUCUUACCGCAUGGAGUCUUACAAGGAGCUCACUUGUGAGUUUUUGGCUCAAUGAGGUACCACAGUACAAGAGCUCGAUCGAGCUGAUUGGACCAAGGCUUGGGAUGGAUCACGUUCUUGGCAAGGGAGAGAAGAGGACCUUUAGGCAGUUGGAGAUCUGUUUGGGUUCACUAUGGAGAAGGGAACCAUGGAACUCAAGGAGAGAGCUCCAAAGCCCAUCAUCUCACGCACAAGGAUGGGAAGAAUCAGAGGAGAUAGAUCUGCAGGGAAUCUCAUGCCUCUCCUUGACAGCUCUCUCCUACAAGACAGCCUACAACACUAGGUCAAAAGGGAAGAAGCUUAGUGUUGGAGGGUCAUCACACCAAUCCUCUGUGCAGCUGGAGUCCAACUGGACAAGAGAAGGUCUACUCCAGGGUGGAUGGACAUCAAGUUUUGCAAGACCAACCUCCUCAUUGAGCACAAGGAGUUGGAUGGGAGGUUCCAAUUCAAGUUCACACAUCCAUUGGCUGGACCCUCCAAGCUUCUCCUGCCCAACCCUGAGCUCACCACAGGUCUAG